GUCUAACGGCCACUUUAUGUAUCUAUACAAACAGCUGUUCGGUUGAUGUUAAAUCGCAAAUAAUCGGUUGCGUUAAUAAUAAAUAUGUGCUGAUUUCGUGUAUUUCACUUCAUAACUAUACGCAAGAUGUGUGAGGGAACGCAAUAACCGUGGAAUAAUAUUUACAAGAACUUCUCUACGACUUUGAAAAAGUAAAACAUGGAAGUGCUUAUCUGUAAGCGAUAAAAUUUUAAAAGUUUGUUCGAAGUGCCUCACUCCGCUGCGGAAACAUUUUUUCCUAGGGUAGCUUCUAAUCCUAUCACCAACAAAUGUCGCAGGAAUUCGGCGGCGUGCCAAUUACGAUUCCACGAUCACGAAGCGUUUUCGCUAUAUUGAUAGCGGGAUUUUUGGCCAUUUUAAUAUUCUAUUACUAUUAUGGUAGCAUUUUGACGCUUUCCGUGCUUAUCACUAUCAUAUUUGUCGCGUUCUACUAUUUACAAGAUAUGGUAUUAUAUCAUCCCGAUCUUCCCGCGAAUUCUCGUAUCUAUGUUCCCAUUCCUAAAUUGCAUAAUCUACCACAUGAAACAGUCAAUAUACAUACACCAGAUAAAGUCACAUUGCAUGCAUUCUGGGUAUACCAACCGGUGGACCGUUCAAAGGGGGUACCCACUUUUGUGUACUUUCAUGGAAAUGCAGGAAACAUGGGUCAUCGCAUGCAAAAUGUUUGGGGAAUAUAUAAUCAUCUACACUGUAACAUUUUGAUGGUAGACUAUCGGGGCUAUGGCUUUUCAACGGGUGUGCCCUCAGAACGAGGCUUAGGAACCGAUGCUCGUGCUGUGGUUGACUACUUGUACACACGAAAUGAUCUAGACCAUGCACAAAUAGUUUUGUUCGGGCGCUCAUUGGGCGGUGCAGUAGUUAUAGAUGUUGCUGCCGAUACAGUGUACAGCCAAAAAAUUAUGUGUGUUAUUGUUGAGAAUACAUUUACUAGCAUUCCGGAUAUGGCGGUUGAGUUGGUGCACCCAUCGGCAAAUCUUAUACCAAGAUUUUGCUUCAAAAAUAAAUACUUCUCCUCAUGGAAGAUUGGUAAAUGUUCUGUACCGUUUUUAUUCGUAUCGGGUUUGGCCGAUAACCUAGUGCCGCCACGUAUGAUGCGUACUUUGUACAUGAAGUGUGGAAGUGAAAGGAAACGCAUACUAGAAUUUAUAGGAGGGGCUCACAAUGAUACCUGGAUCAUGGACGGCUACUAUCAAGGUAUUCAACAAUUCCUCCUCGAAUGUCAAAGUCUUUCAACAGCACCAUUAGAUAAGCCACCAGCAAAGAGUAAUGUUUGGCAUGAAAUUCAGGAAGUUUAGCAAAUCACUGCCGCGAGUGCUGGGAUACCAUGAGAUACCGCGCCGAUAAGAUUUGAUAUUUUUUUUUUCAUCGAUGUUAUAACAAAAAAAAAAAUGAAAAAGUAGUUUGACAACUUGAAGAAAACAUGGAUUUCAUGUAACUGAAUCUAGUAACUAUAUAUGAUUUACUUAAAACCUCAGUUGGCAAGCGCUUAUGUGCUUAUACGCAUUACAACGCAUAGCUUUAAAACUAAAACUAAGUACUAUAUUAGAGCAACUCGUUCAAUUAUAAUGUAUAUACACCGUAUGAAUUUUUAUUAUAAUAUGCAUAUUUUAAGAAAAUUAUAAAAUUGUAAUUCCUUGUUUAUUAAACACACAGAGAAGAUAAAUUAAAUUCAGCAACAUUGAAAGACUCUUUGAAGAGUAACAUUAUUUUAACUACAAGUGAAAUAUGACUUAUAUUACAUGUAAAUGUAAACAUAUACAUACAUGCAUACAUUUUAAGUAUUUACAGCAUUUACAGUUGACCUCCAAAAUGUUUCAGCUUUAGCAUUAAGCUAUGUAAUCUGAACAGAAAUUUUUAUUUCGGAAACAUCGGUGGCCUACAUACAUAUACAAUAAGUGUACCUUAUUAUCACGACGCAGAGAACAAAGUUAGAGCCAUCAGACGUACCGCUACAUUGGUUUUGCCGAUUUUGACAAUUCAAGUAAAAGUAAAAGUAAACAUCGCCUCAGAAAUUUUAAAUGCAUUGAAAUUCACUAAAGGCCCCGCCAGAUAAAAAGUGUUUUCUGUGCCAGAGAGAUGCUUUGACUAAAUUUGAUUGGUCAAAAAUCAUCCGUUCCAUACAUUUUUGUUGUUGUUGUUGUUUUGCCGCAUAUGACGAAUUUUAUCAGUUGCGGCAAUGCACGUCUUCCCAAUGUGGCGUCUUCUAUUCAAAAUCACA